AUGAAUUAUCUUUUUAUAAUCACCUCUUUCAUAAUUAAUUCAAUUUUUGGUGAAUUAAUAUUGCUAACUAAGGGAGAUCAUUACCAUGAGAUUUUUGAUAUUAAUAAGCAUGAAUUUUCUACUGAUUGUGAUGAAAAGCACAUUUAAAUUUAGGAACACUAAGUUGAUGAGUAAGUUUAAUUGCUAGAAAAAUAAUAAAUCGAAUAAGUAUAUUCUUCAUUUAUUCUAUAGAUUCUAUAUUAUCCAAAUGAUUAAAAUACCAUUCUUAUUUUAGAAAAAACAGGUAAAAUUACUAUACUUUUUAAAGAAAAUUAAUAAUACAAUUCUCCCUUUAAAGAAUUGGGAUCAAUUGAUUUAAAUACUAAUAACCUACCUGAUUUUACAUGUAGUGACAUGACUCAAUAUUCUCUUGAUAUUUUCAUGGCUGUAUGUAAGUCAGAUAAUGAUAUCUAUAUAUCUAAAAUUUUAUGCAUUGCUGAAGAGAAUAAAUAUUUAUCUGGUUGUUCAUCAUAAUUGUUCUCAGAUACUGACCAACUUAAUAAUUGUGAUAAUCUAAAUAUUAUCACUGAAAGUUCUUGGAGAGUCAAAGAUCCUGAGUAUUUUAGUAUUUAUUGUUCUUCCUAAGAGAAUUUUCAAAUUACUAGGUAAAUAUUAAUUGGCAAAUUUAACAAUCAAGAGAAUUCAUUUAAAAUAACUAAAUUUUUAAAUCCUAUCAAUGAAAUUGAAAAAGUCUCUUUUUUUGAUGACAAUACUAUCAUGAUAUUAGAUCAUAGAUCAGGUUUACAUGUUUAUAGAUUUACAUUUACAGAUGAUGGUGACAUUAUCUAUGAAUAAUUAUUAUGGUAACUCUUUUUGCCUAAUGAACUAUUUUAUGCGCUUAGUUAUUCUCAUGAACAAUAUGCCAUCAAAUUUCCACCUUUAGGAAUUAUUGAAAAUGAUAUUCAGUACAGCAUUGUUAUUUUGAGUGAUCAUUUCAUCUAUGAGUUAGCUUUACCUUAAUAAUCUAAGGAUUUCUUCUUCACUUAACUCUCUAUUAAUGAUAAAAUUAAUAUUAAAAAUAUCCUCAAUAGCAAAGAAAUUAAAAAAGGUUAAAUUUAAUAUGAUGAAUAAUUCUAUUAUGUUUGCUUUACUUAUAUCUAGAAUUCUACUGAAUGUUAUAGGAUUAAUAGACAUUAAUCUUACACCGAAAAAUUAAUACUUUAAAACAAAUAUUAAAAUCCUAUUCUAUUAACUUAUCCUGUUUCUUUUUCCACCAUUACAGGUCAAACUAAUAUUCUAAUUGCUUAAUAAAUGGAUGAAACAAAAGCUGUUUUAACUUUAAUUAGAAAUGAAAUUGAAAGAUUAACUAUUGUCUCCACUUCUAAUUAAGAAUUCCUAUGCUCAAUAGUAUAUAAAAACAAUAACAAAUAAAAUGUUACAAUUAUGAUUUAUAAUUAAGAAUUUGAAAACACAGAUGUUUUUAUAAUAGACCAUCUAUAAAAUUAUAACUUUCCCAAUACAGACUCUACAGUCCUUUAUUCUACCUUAAUACGAGGACCUGCUCCUGUGCUUUAGCCCAAAAGUGAUAAAAAAAGUAUGACUUAUUUAUAUAUUAGAUUAGAUGUUGAAGUUAUCAGCCUCUAAGGCUUUGGAUAUGAAAUGUGGGAAGAUUUAUAUGAAAAUUUUAUUUAGCAUUCUCGUAUCCCAAUUAAAUCAUUCUUAGAUAAGGGAUUUAGAACUAUAUUUUUAUAAAUAGAUCAAGUGAAAAUGAUAAUAUAAUAGGAAAUAACAAAUACUAAAUAUUUUACAUAGAAAAUUCAUUCUUUAGAUUGUUCAUCAGUAAAUCUUGUAAAAAAUAUUGUCAGUAUUUCACCAUAUUAUAUAAUAUUCUAUUAAAAAACAACCUAUUACACUGUUUUGAAAAUAAAAAAGUUAGAUGAGGAUAUAUUAGAAUAUGAAUGCAAAAAUGUAGAGUAUCCACUUUAUGAUUAACAGUACGAUGUCUUUAUAGAUUUAGAUUUCAUCAAUUUGUUUUUCAGUACAAACAGCACUAUCUAUUACACAGAUGUUUAUUUUUAAAAUGUAAUAAGCAUAUAAAUUGAUCUAAAAUUUAGACAUCUAAAUUUUUAAUUUUUAAAAAACAAUAUUAUUCUGGGAAGUUAUCAAAAUAAAUUAUACUAGAUUUAAUUAACAAAUCCUUAUUAAACAAAUCAUUUUAAAACAAUGAUAACAGAGAUAGAAAUAGGUUAAAUGACUCAUAAUUUUAAAUUCUUUGUUUUAUAACUUAAAAAGCCAAUACUUACAUUGGUAAUUGUAGAUGAUAGAAUAACACUAUAUACAAUAGAGAAUCUAUAAGAUAUUAAAUUUGAUUCUUUAUUACCAUAAUUCAAUAGUAUUAUCAAUGCUAAUGAAACUUAAAUAAACUAUCAUAUGUUAAUAGUUCCAACUAAUAAACCAAAUGAAUUAUAUGUGUAUGAUCUAUCAAAGACUGGAUCAGAAAGAUUACAUGCAAUUCAUAAAUAUACAGUUUCAUCUGAACCAAUAAUUAUAUGUUAUCCUAAAAUGCAAACUUUUCUUUAUUGUUUAUAAUUUGCAAAUGCUGACAUAAAUUGUUAUUUGAAUAAAAUCCUUGAAUUUGAAUUGAUAGCUUCUGAUCCAACAAAUAUCGAUAAUUAAUUUUCUGUUGCAAUAAAUGCGUAAUCUGCAUUAAGUUAUAGUGUAUAAAGUAUACAUAUUAAGCCAAUAUAUAGAAACCCUUACAAUCAAUGGAAGUUUUAGAUAUUAAGAUACUAUGAUAGAGAUGAGUGCAAAAAGGUUAUCUGAAAUUGAAAUCUAUAAGACUAAUUUUACUACUGAAUUGAAAAUAAUUGAUUUUUACUCAGGUCCAAUUUUCAAUUAUAAUUUAUAAAAUGCUAAAGAUUUUAAUAUUAAAAUGUUACCAUUUAUUUUGGAAUAAGAGGAUAAUUUAGUUAGAUUUAAAAUUGAUUAAACAAUCCUAGGAACUAGUGUAUCUAAAGAAUAUUUAAUAAUUUUGGGAGAUGAAAAUGUAGGCAUCAUAAGCAUUCCUUAAACUUAAUGUAUAAAUAUAUAUUCAUAAUAUAGAUCAUAAAUAAGUUGUUUAAAGCACUAUAGAUUAUGAGGAGAUUAAAAAUGUGUUUUUUGAUUAAGAUUAACCAACUGUUAAUAAUUGUACCAAAUCAUUCAUUAAUCCAUUAUCAAUUGCAGAAUUAUCAGCUAUAAAUAUUAUAGCACUCUUUUGCUAAUCAAUGAUGGUAAGAGUUGAUGUUAAUAAUUAAAUCAAUCAAUUAAGCUUUACAAUAUUAUCUGACAAUCUACCAAUUGAAAAAUAGUUUUUGGAAAAUUUCUUUUUUCUUAACAUUAAUUUCAAAGAUUUCUUAUAUUAAAAUUAAAGUUCUUUUAUUUUAGAAGAUGUAAAGAUGAUCAAUUUCCCAAUUCAAUUUAAACCAAAAUAUAAAUUUAUUACUGUAACUGCUAUGGUCAAAAGAAAUAAAAGAUAUGAAACAGAUGAAAUUGGAAGGGACAAUUUGAUUUGUAUAUUUUAUGGAUACUUAGAUUAGAAUUAAAGUUCACUUUUAAAUGGAUCCCUUUUGGAUGUGAUUGGAGCAUCUAAUUUUAAUAAAAAUACUUUAAUAAUCAAUAAUUUUUAGAUGUAUUGUAUUAAAGGUUGCACUAUUCAAGAUGCAAACAAUAUAUAGAUAGAUACAAUUAUAGAAUUAAUAUUUAAUGAUCAAUAUUCAUUUAAUUUAUAUAAACUUAAGAUAAGUUUUAUUUACACAAUGAAAAAAUAACCCUUAUAUAAAUUAAUAAAUGUAGAAAUACUAAAUAUCAAAGAAUUAAGUAACAAUAUAUUUUAUUUGUUAAGUGGGUAAUUUUGUGUAGAAUUAAAUCGAAUUCACUUAUAUUGAUACAGAGGUAUAAUACAUAAAUGAAUCCAUUUAUACUAUUAAUGUUACAACAGACUCCCUUAGUUUUGAUUUAGUUUAAAUUUAAGGUCGAAUUGAAAUUGAAUAGAUUUUUAAGUAAAAAUUAAACUAAUUUAGAUAAUAUACUUAAUGUUAGAGUCCUCCUGGAUCAUUGAAAGCAUCAUAUGAUGAAUAUUUUGCUAUUAGUUGUAGAAAUGCAUCUCGGAACUAUUCUGAAUAAACACAAUUUGUAAAAUUGUUUUUGAGGGGACAAUAAUAGUUAAAUAAUUCUGUGAAGUCAGUUAUUUAAGCAGCAGAGAUAUAAGGGAAUUUAAGGUUAUUAGACAUACAAAAAGGCUAUUUAAAUGAAAAUGUUCGAAUGUUAAUAUUAGAAUAGGAUAAUAAUUAAUAAGAUUUUUAAUUGAGAUGGUUCUAUUUGAAUGAUUAAUUUACAUUAAUUGUAAUUUUAUUUAUUGUAUUAAAUUAGGCUGAUUAAAACAGCACUCCAAAAAGUGUGCUAGAAGUAUAAUUAUGUCCAAGUAAUUUAAACUAAAUUUAAGGAUUAUGUAUGGAUAUCACAAUUUCAAACACUGGAUAUCACCAUUACAUAACAACGGAAUGGUUAUUGUUUGUAUUUUUAAUUAUUUUGCCCUUAUUUAUAAGCAGUAGUUUUAUAGUAUAUUGCAUAAUAAAUUAUAAAACAGAAAAAUAAAAACGAGUGGAAUCUUUUGGCAUGAACCUUGAACAAUAACUUAAGAAAUAGUCAAUACACAUAUAAUCUAAAAUUGAAGAUAGUAUCUUUUGA